AUGGAUCUUAGAACAUAUCAACAUCUCCUAAAAUAUUCUUAAAACACCUGGUUAUGCCUUUUAGUAAGUUCAUAAUAAAAUUUUUACGUUAUUUCAUCAUCAGUUUUUUAUUAAAUUAUUUUGUAUUUAUACAAAAUUUAAUUACACUGUUAUUUUCAUUAUUUAUAAUAUUUUAAUUAUUAAAAAUAAAAUAAACAUGUUUUCUUUUUUAAGUAAAUAGACUCAACUCUAAUUAAAACAGUUAAACUAUAAACAGUAACUUUGAACAGUGUAAUUCUCCCAAAUUUGACAAAUUAUAUUUAUCUUUAAGAUAAUUUUUAAGGGAAUUAGGCAAUAAUAGAGGAAAAAAAUAAAAUUUCAGGGAUUGUAUUUUGAAAUUUUAUUAAUAAGAUAAUAACCGUUGGUUCUGAAGGUUUCGAGUCUGAAGUUGGCUUAUAAUUACUUACUCUUUACAAGAAAUGCUCAAAUUCAUGA